AUGUCGUCAGAAGGAAAUAAUAAUUUGAACCCUUCGGUUACAGGUUCUUCAAAUUCUACUGAAAUUGAAGAAUUAAACUCAAUACUAACGUCUGUACAAGAUAACGAUGCUCUUAACGUGAAAAAAACGCAGACUCCAAAUUUGUCUGUAGGUGAACCAUUACUAGAGAUCCCAAAAAGAAAUCCUACAGAAUACAUUACAGUAUGUUUAAUGUGUUUAAUGGUUGCUUUUGGUGGGUUCAUUAAUGGUUGGGAUAUUGGUACUAUUGGUGGGUUCAUCAACCAUACCGAUUUCUUGAUAAGAUUUGGUACCAGACGUGCUGAUGGUACUUAUUAUUUGUCUAAAGUAAGAACAGGUUUAAUUGUUUCCAUCUUUAAUGUUGGUUGUGCCAUUGGAUGUGUUGCCUUAGGUCGUCUCGGUGAUAUGUAUGGGCGUCGUAUGGGUUUAAUUAUUGCUUCAAUCAUUUUCAUUGUCGGUAAUGUCAUUGAAAUUGCCUCUGUUGAAGCUUGGUAUCAAUAUUUCAUUGGAAGAAUCGUUGCUGGUGUUGGUAUGGGUGUGAUUGCUGUUCUAUCUCCAAUGUUGAUUUCGGAAGUUUCUCCAAAAGCAAUGAGAGGUGCUAUGGUCUCCUGUUACCAAUUGAUGAUUACCAUGGGUAUUUUCUUAGGUUACUGUGCUAACUACGGUACUAAAACAUAUGAUGAUUCUCGUCAAUGGAGAAUUCCGUUAGGUUUGCAAUUUGCUUGGUGUUUAUUUAUGGUAGCUGGUAUGUUGUUUGUUCCAGAAUCACCAAGAUAUUUAGUACAAAAGGGAAAGAUUGAAGAAGCAAGAAGAUCAGUUUCAAAAUCAAAUAAGCUUCCAGUUGAUGACCCAGUUGUUAUUUCUGAAGUUGAUAUGAUUAUGGUUGCAGUCGAGAAGGAAAGGGCAGAAGGUGAAGCUGGUUGGAAAGAAAUGUUUGACACAAAGAAUAAAGUCUUCCAAAGAGUUCUAAUGGGUGUUAUUGUUCUGGGUUUGCAACAAUUAACUGGUGCUAACUAUUUCUUCUACUAUGGUACUACUAUUUUCAAAGCAGUUGGUUUAGAAGAUAGUUACGAGACUUCUAUUGUUUUUGGUGUUGUUAACUUUGCUUCCACAUUUGUUGCCUUGUAUGUGGUCGAUAGAUUCGGUAGAAGAACUUGUUUGUUAUGGGGUGCUACCGGUAUGAUCUGCUGUAUGGUUGUUUAUGCUUCAGUUGGUGUAACUGAAUUAUGGCCUAAUGGAGAAAAUGGUGGUGUCACUUCAAAAGGUGCAGGUAAUUGUAUGAUUUGUUUUGCAUGUUUCUUCAUUUUCUGUUUCGCUACCUCAUGGGCACCAAUUCCAUUUGUCAUCAUUUCUGAAUCAUUCCCAUUAAGAGUGAAAACAAAAGGUAUGGCAUUGGGUACCGUUUCCAAUCAAAUGUGGAACUUUGCUAUUGGUUUCUUCACUCCAUUUAUUACAGGUGCUAUUAACUUCUAUUAUGGUUACGUCUUCUUAGGUUGUUUGGUGUUUGCUUGGUUCUACGUCUUUUUCUUUGUCCCAGAAACUAAAGGAUUAGUUUUAGAGGAUGUUAACGUUAUGUGGGAAGAAGGUGUCUUACCAUGGAAAUCUGCCUCUUGGGUUCCACCUUCUCAAAGAGGUGCUACUUAUGAUGUUGAUGAACUGGCAAAGGAUGAUCAACCAGUUUGGAAGAAAAUGUUUAGUAAACAUUAA